AUGCUCCUUGGCGCUCUCAUCGAUUCAGGGCUGUCCAUCGACGAGUUGAAGGGCGAGCUCGCCAGGUUGCCCUUAGCGGGAUAUUCUGUCAACGCCGCAGUCGCUCAGCGGGGUGUCAUCAGAGGGACUCACGUGUCCGUUGACCUGGAUGGCAGCCACAAUGCCUCCCACUCUAUACACGAUUUCCUGGACAUGGUUGAGGCGAGCGACUUUUCCCGUUCCGUAAAAGACAAGUCGCAAAGGGUUCUUGAGCGCCUGGAAGAGGCGGAAACCAGGGUGCACGGCGAGGUCCACCAGCUUCAGGAGUUGGGAGACAUAGACACCAUCAUCGACGUUGUGGGCGUAGUGGCCGGCCUUGAGUUGCUGGGUAUCGAGAAGCUGUAUUCCUCUCCACUCCCCGCCGGUUGGGGUGUGGUCUCUACAAGGAAGGGCGCUCUCCCGGUGCCCGCGCCGGCUACAGCUCAGCUUAUGGCUAUGGCCAAGGCAAAGGUCGCUCCUCCCAAAGGCCCUUAUGUCGCCGCGGGAGAGCUUGUCACUCCCACAGGCGCAGCGCUCAUCACCACCCUCGCCUCCUUCGAGGCCCCGGCAAUCACCCUGGAGCAGGUGGGCUACGGCCUGGGAACAAGGGACAACCCGGAAAUUCCCAACGUCCUGGCCCUUUGGAUAGGCGAGACCGUCGGCAGCAGCGCUCUCGGCCAGGUCUCUCUUCUGGAGACGAACAUCGACGACAUGAGUCCUGAGGUCCUGGGAUACGUCCAGGAGGAGCUUAUGCGCCGCGGCGCUCUGGACGCCUGGUUCAGCCCCAUCCAGAUGAAGAAGAGCAGGCCCGCCGUCAAGCUCAGCGUGCUCUGCCGCCCGAAUAUGGAGUCGGCCCUGGUCAAGAUCAUACUGGCAGAGACCUCCACGCUGGGCAUCAGGGUCCAGACCCUGAAUCGCUACGAGGCGGAGCGGGAGGUGGUAGCCGUUGAGACCUCCUUCGGUGCGGCGCGGGUCAAGAUCAAGAAGGAGGCGGACGUCAUCGUUAGCGUUUCGCCGGAGUUCGAGGACUGCAAGGAGAUUGCUCAACGGGCCCAGGACCACAUACCGGGCGGAGUGAACAGUCCCGUCCGGUCAUUCAAGUCCGUGGGAGGCACGCCGCUCUUCAUUCAGAGAGGCAAGGGAUCCCGCAUAUGGGACGCCGACGGCAAUGAGCUCGUAGACUACGUUGGCUCCUGGGGCCCUCUGAUUCUGGGCCAUGCCCACGACUCUGUGGUUGAGGCUGUCGAGAGAGCGCUGGGAAAGGGCCUCACCUUCGGCGCGCCCACGGAGGGAGAGGUGGAGCUUGCCAAGAUGAUCGUAGAUGCUCUCCCGUCCGUCGACAUGGUGCGACUGGUGAGCUCAGGAACUGAGGCGACCAUGAGCGCCAUCCGAGCUGCCAGGGCCUUCACGGGACGCAGCAAGAUAGUCAAAUUCGCCGGCUGCUACCACGGCCACAACGACGGCCUGCUGGUGGAGGCGGGUUCAGGAGGGGCAACGUACAGCAUCCCCAACAGCGCGGGCGUGCCGGAGGGUUACGCCCGUGAGACGCUGGUCGCCGACUACAACGACGUUAACUCAGUGCAGCGCCUCUUCGAUUCUCACCCCGCAGAGAUUGCGGCGGUCAUCCUGGAGCCGGUGGCAGCGAAUAUGGGGGUUGUGCCACCCGCUCCCGGCUUCCUUGAGGGACUGCGCCUGCUGACCGCCAACAACGACGCGUUGCUCAUCUUUGACGAGGUGAUAACCGGGUUUCGGGUCGCUUACGGGGGCGCUCAGACCCUGUACGGAAUAGUCCCGGACCUCACGUGCCUGGGCAAGAUCAUCGGGGGAGGCUGCCGGUGGGGGCCUACGGCGGAAGGAGGGAUGUCAUGGAGUGGUAGCGCCCCUGGGCAAUAUGUACCAGGCUGGCACACUGUCCGGAAACCCGCUUGCGGUAACGGCGGGGAUAGCAACCCUCAAGGCCUGGCAGCGCCGGGGACAUACGAAGGGCUGGAGGCCGCGUCGGCCCGGCUGGCCGACGGCCUCGCAGCGGCGGCCCUGAAAGCGGAAGUUCCUCUGACCAUCAACCGGGUGGGAUCUAUAAUGACCGCGUUCUUUAACGGCGGGCCUGUGGAGGGCUGGGACUCCGUGGCUGCCAGCGAUAGGGAGAGGUACUCCGCGUACUUCCACCUCAUGCUGGAGCGUGGGGUGUACCUGGCCCCUUCGCCCUUCGAGGCCGCCUUCGUCUCCACCGCUCACACGCCGGAAGACAUAGGCGCGACCCUGGAGGCAGCGGAGUACGCCCUGGCCAGGGUCUAA